AUGUGGGAUUCUGAGGAGCUGAUGGAUUGGCAGCAGGAAGCCGCUGCAAUUGUGCACGAUGUGAAGGCGCACUUGAAGACUGUCGAAGUGUCUCAGCGACUGGAAUCAAAGAGUAGUCGAAUUUACUUGAACGCCACGACUCUGGAGGAUAAAAAUCUCUGCAUAUGCGUGUCUGCCAUGGGAUUUCGCAUUGUUGGCGAGGAGUUUGACACUGUGAAUCCGGAAAUUGAGGACAAUUCGAGGAUUUACGAGACUCCCUACGCUCUCUUCACAGACAUCUCGCCACUCUACGUGAAAUCCUUCGGACAGGCACUACAAAAGGCCAUGGAAUCGAUUGCUGGAAAUUCAUAGGUAUAGCUAAUAAAUCUCUUACCCCAGCCAAUGGUCGAUUUUCCCUCUUUUGCGCACGCAUUUCUGGACUAAAAUUUCCCCA